UCGGUUAGAUGUCACAAACCACACAAAAGACAAACUGCUUCGAGUUCAUCGAAACUAAAGACUAGUCAAUUUCAAACCUAAUUUUUCUAAUUUAAAUCGGAUAAUUUGCUAUUAAGAAAAAUGCAGAUAGGCUCGACAUGGGCGGCCAGAUUCUCUCUUCUCCUCCUCAUUUUAGGUCAUUGGUGCUAUUGCCAGCCUCACGAUCAGUACCCCAAUUUCAAGGCCAAUCAGCGAUUCCCAAAUUACAACCAUCAAAACACCCCAACUUCCCCUGCAAACAGUUUGAAAAGCGAGGACGAAAAUGUCCACCGAGGGACAACUGAAAGUGGAAACCAAGUAGCAUUCUCAGCCUACAAGACUCGGAAUCAGGAUGGUACCAUUCGACAGGCAUCAGUGGUUGUUUUCGAACAGAUGACAAUUAAUGUCGGGAACUCCUUCGAGCCCCAAACAGGAAUCUUCAUUUGUCGUAUUCCCGGGUUAUACAUGAUCACCUUCACUGCUGCUGCAAACAUCGGUCGAAAGCUCAACAUUGACCUAAUCAAACUGAGCGCAACAGGAGCCGAAACAGUAUUGGGUGGUCUUCUCAAAACCAAAUCUUCCUCAAAGCAUAUCGAGGUCUAUUCGAGAACCAUUCUAGUACAUCUCGUCAUAGGUGACCAGCUGUAUAUUCGACAAGCAGCUGGUAUUGUUAACGGUUUAUACAGUGACUGGGAGAAGCAAACUUCAUAUGCCGGUUUUUUAGUAUACCCCGAUUCAAAUCCGCAAACGAUGACGAAACCCAACAACCCAUUGAGCGGAUCGAACAUUUUCGUUUCGAACGCAACCCAGAAAGAAUCAAUCUUGGAUCAUCAAGGUCAAAAUCGGUUCACUUCAGCUCCGUCAAAACCAAACAUGGAAGCAUCGGAACGAAUGAAUACACAGUCGAAGUUGAAAAACACGAACGAAAUGAACCAAUUUUCAAAAGACUUAAACAUGAAACCCCCGAACGCAGAAACGAUGAAGACUUGGUUCAAGUAUUUGUACAAUGGAUUGAAGAAAGUCGGAGACAACAUCGUAGAGGAAGAGAACUCGGCUUCCAAUCUGAACGAGAAUUGGGAUUCUCGUCAGAAACAGGGCGCUCAGACUCAGAACCGUCACAAACACUCAGUGGAUCACAGCGCGGAGCUUUAGACGAAACUCAGAACAGAAGAAAAGAUGUGACCAAUGAGGAUCCUACUUAUGCUGACAUUGUUCCAAUUGAUGGAAUUUUGUUUAUCAUCGCCAUUAUUAUCAGACUAUUGUUGCGAUAUUUAGAACUCAUAACGCAAAUACUAUCAUGAAAAAAUUCCAAAAA